AUGGCGACUGCAUUUGAUUUAUUCGAUGAAGUUUUACGUGCAUUUAAUAAUUCAUAUCGAAAUGAAAUGACACUUAUUGAAUUACAGAAGGUAUUAGUUAAUCGAAAUAUAGAUAUAACUGAUGAUGAAUUGAUUUCUAUAAUUCGUUCGCCAAGUCUUUCCAAUCUUUUUAAUCUUCAAACAAUAUCAAAUGAUUUAAGUUUAAUACAAUUAUGUCCAAAAUUCAAUCAUUUAGUAUUAAUUGAAGACUUCACUGUAUCCGACUAUCUUUCCAAAAUUAGUUUGGGUACAAAAUUAUUAACCGAUGAUAUAAUAACAGCUCGUUUUGCUAAAAAUAGUCAUUAUCAGAGUCAUCAAACAUCGAUGGCAAGUACUAAAUCAUCAAAAUCUCAACAUAAAUCAAAUGAACGAGAACAUAAGAAAAAAAAGAAGAAUAUAUUAGGUAUUGGUACAUCUAGUCCAUCUAUAUCAUCAACAAAUUUAACAUUAUCACCCGGUCGAUUAUCAACAGAUGAUGAUUAUGAUAUGAAAUCAUCAUUAUCAAGACGUCAUAAUCGAACUAAAACAACAAAUAAAAGUAAACGAACACGUGUAAAAUAA